CUCACUCGCAAGGUUCCCAGGCAACGACAGCACGACGUGCUUAAUAUUCAUGAAGCUAGCCUUCGCCGUAUUGCGAUCCGUAAUUUGGCGUUGUUAGGUUGUCAAUGGCUCAGAAUGAAGGUGGAUACUGUUGCAGCUGUGAUGAUGGGUUACCACUGCAGGUGAAAAUGAAAACAUCGUUAGUUGGCGACGCGAGGGGACAGUUUGCGCAUCGUUGUCUUGGACAUAAGUGAGCAAGUGUGUGUGUGUGUGUACGUGCGUAGUGUGUUAGUUUGCAGGAAUGUGUGUCAGUGUGUGUGGAUUAUGAGAAGAGCAUUGUGACCAGCCGGGAGCAGAUUUUUGCUGCAAUGACCCGUUUAAGCACCGAUUUCUGUCCCGUCCUCUGGCCUGCCGCUCCUCACAGCCCAGACAUGCACCACCUCGGCAUCUUUUGACUUCAUGAAGAUUCCUGACAUCGGUAAUGUGAUGAAUAAAUUUGAAGUCCUUGGGAUUGUAGGAGAGGGAGCCUAUGGGGUGGUCCUGAAAUGCAGACACAAGGAGACAAAAGAGCUUGUGGCCAUUAAGAAGUUCAAGGACAGCGAAGAGAAUGAGGAAGUUAAAGAGACGACGUUACGAGAGCUCAAGAUGCUCCGUACGCUUAAGCAAGACAACAUCGUAGAACUGAAAGAGGCUUUCCGUCGACGGGGAAAACUCUAUCUGGUGUUUGAAUAUGUGGAGAAGAAUAUGCUGGAGUUGUUGGAGGAAUUGCCUAAUGGUGCACCACCUGAUAAAGUACGGAGCUACAUCUGUCAGCUGAUCAAAGCUAUUCACUGGUGCCACAAAAAUGAGAUCGUUCACAGGGAUAUCAAGCCUGAAAAUCUCCUCAUCAGCUCCAAUGAUAUCCUGAAGCUGUGUGAUUUUGGCUUUGCCCGCAAUCUCUCUGAAGGCAGCGAUGCUAACUACACAGAAUAUGUGGCGACCAGGUGGUACCGCUCACCUGAACUGCUCCUUGGAGCUCCAUAUGGGAAGGCGGUGGACAUGUGGUCAGUGGGGUGUAUUUUGGGAGAACUGAGUGAUGGGCAGCCCCUGUUUCCGGGCGAGAGUGAAAUCGACCAGCUCUUCACCAUUCAGAAGGUGUUGGGCCCCUUACCACCAGAGCAGAUGAAGUUGUUUUACAACAACCCUCGUUUCGCUGGACUAAGAUUUCCUUCUGUAAGUCAUCCUCAAACGCUUGAUCGAAGGUACCUGGGCAUCAUCAAUGGACUCAUGUUGGAUUUAAUGAAGAACCUGCUGUGCCUGAACCCCACCGAACGCUUUUUGACAGAACAGUGUCUGAACCACCCGGUGUUUCAAGGCCUUAGAGGGCCAGAGCGGCCAGCUGCCCCGUCGCCCACCCCACCUCGCUCCUCAAAGAGAAAACCAUACCAUGGAGACAACACCAUACCCAGCCGGAGCCACGGCAGUAAGAGUUCAGGUCACCGGUACACUAACAGCAAGGACUGCUCUUCUCUACCACGCCAUGAGGACCUCCACCGGAGCACCGACAGCUUCCUGAACGGCAGCAACAUGCCGACCUCAUCCACCCUGAGUCCCACGCUACACCCCAAGAGCUACCAGGCCCAGACCCUGUCCCGCUCGGCCUCUAGCAGCAAAGACCUGGCCAACAACAACCUUCCCCACCUCCUCAGCCCCAAAGACGCAAAGGGCAAGACAGAGUUUGACUUCAACCUGGGGCCUAAAGCUGGAGGUGCCACUGUGGGAGGAGACACCUCUACCAGCAAGUACCUCAAGUCAUCCAAACAAGGCCGCCACUCGUCCUUCCUGGAAGGGAAGACCAGCACGCUGCAGUCUGGGGACAAACACAGUCGCCAUAACUACAUGGAGUCCUCGCACGGAUCCAUGCCUUCCACAUCCUCCUCCAAAAGCUCCUCGUCCUUCCUCAGCUUGUCCAAGAGCCACGGAGCACUGAACGAUGCCAAGUCCGUAAGCAAUCUGGCUGAGACACGACUCCACCUAGACGAUCCCAUGGUGGGGUCAGGCUCGGGCUCCCGCUACUUCCCAUCCAGCUGUCUGGAUCUAAACGCGGCUCCUGGAAGCCCCAGAGGUGAACGGCACGCUGGGACGGAGCGGCAAGGUCACAGCCCCAGCGGUCGGGGGAACACACGUCUAGAAGGGGGCACUCUGGAUUCGCGACGUUCUUCGGGUCGGAAAAAGACACCGGAUGAACCGAAGGCUACAGACACACUGGACCCAAGCAGGGCUGCGGGAGCAGGGGGCGGCCACGCUCACAACCUCCCCUCCCCCCAUGAAUCCUAUCCUUACGGUCUCGGCUACACCAGCCCGUUUUCCUCGCAGCAGCGACCUCAUCGCCACUCCAUGUACGUGCGGAGAGAGCGACACCGGCCGCACGGCCAGGAGACGAAUUUGGUGGUCGGGCAGGGAGUGCCAACACGUGCCAGCAGCCUACAACUCCUCUCGCCGCAGCUCCAGCAUCGCACACUCCCACGCCACAACACCAGUUCCUCUCGAGAAGAGCUCACGCAAGAUCUGAGCAGGAAUGACCAGUCUCCCAAAGAGAAGCCUCAUUCUCGACCCCCGAUUAAAGAUUCUACGAGGGACAACACAGCUUCCUUCCACUCACAACGCCCAAAAAACGAGGCUGGGAUGUACCAUGACACUCAUAUGGAGGAUGGAACCUCAUCCAAGGAAAACAGAAUGAUCUACAGUGAUUCGAUGCCUCGCAGAGUGGGAAGCUUUUACAGAGUCCCCUCUCCUCGACCUGACAACUCGUUCCAUGAGAGUACCGGACAGAGUAGAGUGCCAGCGGUGGCGGCGGAAAACACAGCCAUGACAAACCACCCCAAACGUCAGACCAAUUUCGACCCCUGGAAUAAUUCAGAGGCCAUGGUCAUGAACCCACCAGAGGUCCCUAAACAAAAAGAAAAACAAGGUUUCUUUAGAGCCAUAAAGAAGAAAAAGAAGAAGUCACAGCCGACGGACGGCAACGCGGGAAGGAACCCGAGCAUCAAGAAAAGCCUUUUCCCCCUCUUUAACUCAAAGAAUAGCUUAAAGCAUAACUCUUCUGUCAAAGUGCUCCCUGUUGUCCCGCAGCCCAUGAUUCCUAGUGAGGCUCAGCAAGACCAGCUAGUGAUACAAAGACCAGUCAAAUCCUCGUCUCAUCACAGCAGUCGACACCGCAACCGAGAUCGUGACCGGGAACGUGACCUGGAAAGGGAAAGGGAGCGUGACCGUGAUCGAAACCGCGAGAGGGAUCGCGAUCGUGACAGGGACAACACUUGGGCUCCUGAAAAACCGACAGAUGUGCAGCCUCAGAACCAGCCUCUGAAGUCCCUGCGGAAGCUCCUACACCUCUCUUCUCCUGCUACGUCCAAUCAGCCCCCACCUCCCGAUCGCUCGGCAGAACUGCGCUUCCAGCCCCUCCCUAACCCCCCUUCCAAAGGAAACCUGAACGAGGCCAGAGGGCUCCCUCCGGGCAGCAUCACCCCCAAUACCAAGAGCCGCAAACCCCACAACUACCCUCUGCCAGGCCAGAUCGAGUCCAGCUGGCAUGUUUCCGCACUGAAUCGGGCCGAGGGCGCACCGUACCCAGACCAAAUGGCAAACAAAGGUGGGCAGAACGGUAUCGGCUUUACCAGAGCUGCCCGCGCGAGAAUGCCGAACCUCAACGAUUUGAAAGAAACGGCUCUUUAGAGGAGGAAGGCCCACUAGUGGCCUCUAGUGUACUCGGUUUCUCCUUUUCCUUCCUGGCUACCUAUGGAAUGCUAUUGUUCAUACAGUGGUACACAAUGCCACUUCUGGCCAGAAGGUGGCAAUAGUUAUGUCUCAGAUUUGUUUUUUAAAGCAUCCACAUUUGAUAGAAUUUGUAUUCUUGUUCAUUACAUCUGGGUUCAGUUUUCUGUUGAAUAUAUCUUAUUGACAAUGAUAUGAAUCUAUGUAUUUGUAUAUGGAAACUUAGGGAUGGGGGACAACAAAAAAAUCUGUGGAAUUGUAAGAGCUUUAGUUUAUACACAAGAGAAUGUAUAAAUAUUUAAUGUGUAAUAAUUCUAUAUUUCAUGGAGAUUAUUUAAUGAAUUAUAGGUGUGUUAAUAGUUACAAUGUACAGAGUGCAUUUUAUGGUUGUAACAAAAGUACUUAAUUGUUUCUGAAUUAUUUUCCUCUCUUUACCGAACAUUGUUUUCUGAUAUGAAUUUUCAGUGCAGACUAGGUCUAAUAUUCCACACUGUCUGGUUAUUGAAUCAUCACUAUUUAAAACAAACGUCAGCAUAUCAGCAACUACUGAUGCUUCCCAACCAGGUUCUGUGUUACAUUUCAUGCCAGACCAUUAAAUCCACGUCCCAUGAUGGCUAUUUGUCUCACUUUACCCGUAGCCUGUCUUACAGUGUUUCUCCACUUCCCAUGAGCUUGGCAUUCAAAACCUCACACAUUGGGAUCAGAUAGUGCUGGUUUUUAGCAGGAGUUCAUUAGAGCCCAGAUCCCUGAAGAGCUGGAUUUCCUGUGAAUAAUGAAUUUCAACUGAGGGCCCCGGGGCCUCACCGUGUCUCCCUCUGCGAUCUAAACCCCACCAGCUGGUGAAUAAGUGUGACUUUGCCUGUGGCACAAGCAAUGGCUUACAAGGUUGUGUGAGUUAAGUCUGUAUCUCCAUCCCGACAUAACUUUUGCACGUGCGCAUGAUUCUUUUAACAAACUGAAUAACUGGCGGGUUUAUUUUAAUCAGUUUAACGGCAUGGUUUUUGAAGAGAUGAAAGCAUUGCCUCGGGACCUGGUAAAAGGGUUUCAAAGACGUAAUGCAGUUAUUGAUCUGUUAACGCAAUGAGAUUUUGAAACGGCCUCUGAAAUGCAGCACAUUUUCAUUCAGGCUUUCAGUAUUUGCUUUAGAUUUAUUCCAUUGUUUUGUUUAAUUCUAUUCUACUAAUAUAGAUUGAAAUAAGAUGGGUUUAAAAUAUGCAAAAUAGCUAUAUUAAGAAUUCCAGGCAUUUGAAUGCAAAUGCAAACAGAGCAAUAUAUCAUGACUUUGAGGUGAAUUUAUCGUCCUUCAUUGAGUUACUUCGGAGUAUUACAUUUUUAUUCAUCCACAUAUUUAUCAUCACGUCAGGCACUUUGCUUAACACCUGAAGUUUCUCACUAAACCCAACCCCUCCCAAAAGAUAGUGACAGGGCAUUUUCAUUUUAAUAACUCUAGUGAAAUGUGUCCUUUUUUUUAAAUUAGUAUUGUUUAUCAAUCGUGCACUUUAAACAGACAUUUCCCAGGUGUUUGUGUUGAUAUGGUGUUUGAUUAAAACAGAACUUUGUAUCUAUCUAAUCUUCUACCUUACCUACUGUACCUACAGUAUAUGAGCUCUUGUCUUUCACAGGACUGGAUUUGAAACUUUUAUGUUCAAGUUACACAAUCAAAAACAGUAUUUUUGACAUUUACAUCGUCAUUUUUUUUUUUUUUUUAUCUCCUCUCAUUUUUAUCUUUGAUUCUGUUGUCUCAGCACUAUUUCAAUGUGUUAUGCAUAAUGAAGUUAAUUUUCAGUAACAUCUUGAACUAUUUGUAUUCCAUACAUCUUGUUAAACGUUUUCUUGGUUAAACUGCCAUGCAAUAACAAACUGUUGAUUUUUGUCUUGUAGGAAGAGAUCAGAGUUUCGCAAAGUUUAAAAGUCUAUUUCUGGAACCUCUUGUUUCCUUGUUGCAUAUUUUCAGGUUAAUAUUAGUGACAUGAAGUAAUGCGGUCUGCCUGUUUGAAAGGCAGAGUGUGAUUCCAUCACUCCUGGACUAACACCUUGUCCAUAAACGCUCUGACAUCCUUUAAUCUGCUGUACAUUGGCCCAGUCUGUCUCUGCGGUGCCAGGUAAUCCUCCCAUCAGCCAGCUGUUAGGACUGCCAAGAUAAAUAGUUUGGCUGUGUCCAGCUGUAGUGGUCAUCUGUGAGUGGUAAUCUAUGACCAGCCUUGUUAACCUGCUACAAAACCUACAUCUGCAGCAUGUAGAAUGUCACUGAUUCUGGUUUGCCAAGCCCCAUUCUUUUACUUUUAAUGUUA